UUGUUGUCUCAUUAAGCUCCUCUGUGACUUUAAGCGAGGCUAAACUGACCCCUGAUCAGUUUGACGACGCUUACUUAACGGUCCACUUGUGUGCGAACACGCCCGCCUCCUUCCUCAAGCCUGUCCAAUCAACGCGCGGGAUUUAAAAAACUGACAGGAAUGUCAGCCAAUCCGGGCGGCGCUGUGUAGAGUAUGGGUGGGCACGGUGGUAACAUCAGGGAAGUGAGUUGUUUGUUUUCAUGAAAGCGUCUUUAAGGUGUUGGUGGCUCCGCAGGGAUGGCUCGGUUCGGUUACACAGGCCAGGCCGAGCUUUAGGUUCGUUAACCGGGUGUUAACUCAGCUGGAGUGUUGAGAUAUAACGUUAGGAAGAGUAUUACGACAUCACACUGAAGCUUCCUGGAGUGAAGCUAAAGCUGAGCAGAGGACGCAGAAGGUGAAUUAGUCCAGGAGCAGGUCGACCAGAACCAGAACUCCGGAUUAACUUCUGCUGGCGAUGUCUCUGGCCGAGCAGAGCCAGCAAUGGUUCCCUACGAGCGUGCAGGUAACGGUGCACCAGGCUCGGAGCCUGCGGGUGAAGGGCAAGAACGGCACCAACGACUCCUACGCCAUCAUCCAGGUGGCCAAGGACAAGUUCUCCACCUCGGUGGCCGAGAGGAGCGUCGCCCCGGUGUGGAAGGAGGAGGCGUCCUUCGACCUGCCGCUCUUCCACCCGGGCAACGCCGAGCGCUGCACGCUGUAUGUCGUCGUGAUGCACCGGGCUCAGGUCGGGCUCGACAAGUUCCUGGGUCAGGCUGUGGUGAACCUGCUGGACCUCCACGACAACAACACCCGCAAGAAGACAGAUUGGUUCAAGCUGGUGGACAAGAGCAACAAAGAGGACAAGCCGCGAGGGGAGGUGCUGCUCGAUAUCCAGUUCAUGAGGAACAACAUGUCGGCUAGCAUGUUUGACCUUUCCAUGCAGGACAAACCUCGCUCCCGCAUCUCUAAGCUGAAGGACAAAGUCCGCGGGAAGAAAAAGGACGGCUUCUCCGACUCUGCCUCAGCUAUCGUGCCCUCCGUCAGCCAGGUCCUCACAGACAGCGAGGCCGAGGCCGAUGCACAGUCGCUCAACCAGACUCCAGGAGUGAAGAAGAAAACGAAGCUCAAAACACUCUUUGCUCCUAAAUCAAACUUGCAGCGUAACAUCUCACAGUCCAUGUCCACACUGGGAACUCUUCCCGAGAAGAAUUCAUCUCUCAGUGGCAGCCGCUCAUCUGGCCUCAAUGUAGACUCUCCUGAAGUUAAAAAGAAAUUCAAAUUCCUGGGACACAAGCGAACCGGCAGCUCUGACAGCAAGGUGUCCCAAGGUCCUUUCUCCCUCCUGGGUCGCUCCAAGCAAAGCAACAGCGACCUGAACAACCUGUGCAUCAACGGCAGCCACGUGUACGCAGAAGAGGAGUCCAAGAGUGGAUCUACUCUCAGCCUGAACAGCUCGGGCCAAGGAUCUGUGGAGGAUGUCCGCAAACACACCUCUGAUGCAGAUUCCUUCAUAAGUGUGCCUGUCCCUUCCAUACAGAUAGAGUCCAACAAAGAAAUACUGGAGCAACAGCGCCAUCAAGAGGAGGAGGAGAGAAGGCAGGCCGAAGAAAGACGCAGGGCAGAGGCCAAGAGGCUGGAGGAAGAGGAGAAAUACAGGGCAGAGGCCAAAAGACUGCAGGAGGAAGAGGAGCGCAGACACCAAGAGGAGCAGGAGAGGAAGAGACGCUACCUCGAGGACGAAGCAAAGAGGAAGAAACAGAGGGAGGAGGAGGAGGAGCGGAGGAAGCAAGAGGAAGAACGCAGGAUGCUGGAAGCGGCAGAAAACCAAAGGCUUGAGGAGGAGCGUCGCAAAGCAGAGGAGCAGAAACGACAGGAGGAGGCGUCCAUGAGCGACAGGCUGACGUCUCUGUUCGGAAUGAUCAGAAAGAAGGAGGAGAAGAAAGAAGAGGCGCCCACACCGGCUCCUCGCAGGGACUCCAGAGAACCCGAUCAACCGAUCUCCACCAACCCGUUUGAGGAGAUCCCGCUCAGCUCAGAUCUUCCAGUCAGCAGCAACGAAAGCCCAGCUGAUCAUCAGAAAUCCAGCCGCAACCCUGAACCCAUCUCCGUCAUGCACUUCCUCAACCGCACCGCUAAAGUGUCUGCAGUCAAACCCAGAUUUACUCAAUCUCUGGAGUCUGAACCUGCUGACUGCCAGACCCCCAGUCAGCUGUGUUCUUCCCCAACCAUCUCUGAGUCUACCCUGUCUAGCGUCCCGUCCGAGUCCCCUGAAACUUUCUCCGACCUCCACUUAUCCCUGGCUCCACCAAACUUAAGUCAGAGCCCGCUUGGUUCCCCUCGUGGCAGCGUAGAGAAUUUGUCCUCUGUGGGGUCUUCACCCACCAUGGCGGAUUGGAAGAAAAGAGCCCUACUGCCACCGCACCCAGUACAAGGAACGCAAACUGGAGGAAGUCUUGCACCUGUCAGAGAGAUUAAUAAUCCUGCGUACAUAGAGGUGGAUGGAUCGCAGCAAGGCAAAAGAAUGUCUAUACCACUUCCUGAUUAUGAAACACUGUUUCCUCAAAAGAGACAUGGAGUGCAAGGGCAGACUCGAUGGGACCACAUAAUCGCUGAGGUCACUCAGAGAAAGAGGGACACUGAACCUGAACAUCUGGGUCCAGAGAUGAGUGUGGAUGGCCCAGUGGACCAGCACAGACACAGUCUUAGGUCUUCACUCCCACAGGAGAGUCCUGCCGCGAAGCAUCAUCAGACACAACCACAGGAGCCCAAACCCGUGUCAUCAAAAAAAGCACCAGCCCCAGCUCCCCCUAAAUAUGUCUCCGCUCUGCACAGUCAACCAGUAGCAAAUUCCAGUCAAAGUCCGAGUCCGAAUAUUGCCCGCCAACCUCUCAUGAAACCUAAUCCAUCUCCAGUCCCAGGACCUAUAAACACUGAUAUUCCAAGCAGAGAAAGUCUCUCAACGAGGUCCAGGGAUGGAGCAAGGAAGGCGUUGCAACCGCCAGCUCAACCCAGACCAAGUAGCCCAAUGGAGAGGGACACUGCACCCACAGAUGAUCAAAGAAAAACACCAGUCCACGUGAACAAAGAGGUACCCACAGCCAAACCCAGGCAGAGAGUUAGCGGCAAAGAGCCAGUGCAGCAAGAUUCUGCUGUGACACCAGUUACCUCUCUGAAUAGUAACAUUCACACAUCUAGUCCAAAUAUGAGCAGCGUGGACCGAAAAGGCAGGCAGAUAAAAGAUAACUUUGUAGAGUUUGAUCCAUUCCCCACCAGUGAUCUUCUUCCCAAAGACCCAUGGGCACAGGUGAAGCAGAAGGAAGCAGUGAAGUUCGAAGACCUGGGAAUGACACCAGACGAUCUCGAUAACAUUUUUGGUCAAGAGAGAACAAUAGAUCCAUUUGCUAGUUUUAAUGGCAGCAUUUCAAACAAACACAGCGAGCACAAGGACAAAGAUGACAUUUCGAAGCAAGCCAGUCCCACUUUCCAAAGAAGGAACUCGCAGAAACGGAACCAGAGUCUACCAUCCGCAACUCACUCAGAUAAUAAGCCUCGACAUGAGGAAGAAACAACCAUCCCCAAAUCUGAUCAAGGCUUCUCUGCAUGGGGUGUCACAAAUGAGUCUGUCACACCAAAGCUUGAAGCUGAUGUGAAAACACAGAGCCGUUUGUACGGAGAGAGAAAGGAUCCGUUCGGAGCAGAACCGUUCACUGCAACGUCCUCCUUGUCCUCGGAGCCUCUGCAGGUAGUUUUGGAGGAACCAGAGCCUCAGGCGGGAGCUUUGUCUGGUGGAAAGACGCCUUUGAGGGCCUGGGUGUCACCAUCUGAGGUUCAGCCUGUCAGUGCUCAGAAUAGCAGUGGAGGUGGGCUAGCCUUAACUGCACGCAGGCCUCAUCCCGUGAAGCCAAUGAGCUCAGUUGAGAACCAGCAUCCCAUCAGCACUCCUGCUGUGAAAGAGAUGAAGGUCCGUGACAGCACACCGGGGAAGUUUCAGGUGCCAGACUCGGUGGGAAGUGGACCCUACACUCAGCUGACACAAGAGGAGCUGAUCACGCUUGUGGUGAAACAGCAAACCGACCUGUCGAGGAAGGACGCUAAGAUCGUCGAGCUCGAGGAGUACAUCGACAAUCUGCUGGUCCGGGUCAUAGAGGAGAAACCCACCAUCCUGCAUUCUCUCAACUCCAAGCCGGUGUGAGGCGUCGUGUGUGUGUGUGUGUGUGUGUGUGUGUGUGUGUGUGUGUGGUGUGUGUUUGUGUUUGUGUGUGUGUGCGCGCGCAUGUGUGUGUGCGUGUACUGGCGUCACUGUGUACUCAGAAACACGAUCUCUACGAAGGUCUUGGAGCAUAUGCACUUUUUUUAAGUUUCAGAGUCAGCUUUGUUUGAGAAUGCUGGAAAAUCGUCUCUGAAGUAAUAAACAUUUUUUCGAUUAUUUUAAUAACGAGCAAAGAAAAAAAAUCCUGAAUGUAUUUGUUUUGACACUAAGGUACUGGAGUUUGCUUUAAAAACCAUGUUGCAAAAAAAAUAAUUAAUAUUACCAUACUUGAUGAGAUUUGGCUUGAGCUUUAUUUAAUAUACUAAUAAUAAUUGAUUUUUUAAAACUAUUAUCUGGCCUUUUUUUUUUUUACUCUUUCCACUGGGCGUAGCUUAUUGCUCCGUGAUGAAUAAUCACCUUCAUCCUGAUGAGGUAAAACUGUAAUGUUUAUCUCAUUUAAAUAUAUUUGCAAUAAUUCAUUCACUGCAUUUCAGCAGAUCGUGUCUUCACAAGUCGAAUGAAAGGUUCAGAUUGUUUAUGUAACGACUUUUUUUUCCCUCCUCUGCACGUCUUAUUUCUUCUUUCUUUUUUUCUUUGUUGGUCCUAAUGAUGAACCGUACAUCUCGCAACAUUCCUCCUUUUGUUUUACUCACCACAGUUGAAUGUCAGCUGAUCAUCCAGGCCUUAAAAAAAAAAAAGAUACUGUGCCUAUUUUUGCUUCAAAGAGGUGUUAUUUAGAAAAACCAGCAAUAAUUAAAAGCAAGCAGCUAUUAUGAACCGUACGUAUAGUUUGAAUGACUCGGUAGUUGUAGCUGUUUUUCUUUAAUGUGGAUGUAAUUACGCCUGUGCACAUAGUUUGAAAUAUUAUGCAAGUAACCGUACACAAUCAAUCAAACUGUGUUUGUAUUUAUAAAUAAUGAUAAUCAGUAAAGCAAUUAUGGGAGGAGCAGUAAUAGACUCUAUCAGUAAUAACCAACCAGCCUUGUCUUUGUAUUUGAACUACACUAAUGAAUGAAACCUGCAUCUGCACCUUUAUAUGACAAAAUAUUAUUUUAUGUCUUGGCAGAUACGAUAGCAAUAUUACUCUUCAGAAUGUACAGACUCGUGCCUUCAAAACCUUUUUCAUGACCUCUCUGUGCAGCCUGAUGCAUCAAGUGUUUGACAUGAUGAUACUACAGUCCGUGUAAAACUUCCGAGAGAAGAAGUAACGCUGGGCGAAAAUGUGGUUUUAUUUGAAAUAAAGACACUAGAUAUUUCACCAGA